CAACUUUCCCAACAGUCACUUAUUAACCCAUAAGUCCUGCAUUCGGACCCUCAAACAGCAGCUACCUUUUUUCAUCACUGAGGCGCUCUGAGUGGCAUUUAAGGAACGGAGGGUUGUCAGCUUUAGAGAAAAAAAAGCUCUUUGAUACUGAGGAUUGCUAUAACUAACACUGCCAAUGCUAAUUUACACGCUCCAAAGACGUUCAACAUUUCCAUAACCUCUCAUCUCAGCACAAUCUGAUCGACCUGAUCCCAUCUGUUCUGCCCUUGGCAUGAUGCUGUGCUCUAAUCUCCGCCCGUCGCUCCCUCACCUCUUUUCUAUGAGGCUUCUUGGUACUGCCGCCACCAGGACUGCGGCGGUCAAGCAGCCGGAGCUUCUCCCAGCAAGCCUGACCUUUGAGGAUCCCAGUGCCUUCAGGGUGAAGAGCCUGGGGGAGCUUCUCCGUGCUCUUGGUGUCUUCCGUCUGUGCUCCUUCCCAGUGCUGGUCAACAACUGUGGAAAGAUGAUGACAGGAGCACGGAUCCUCCUGGGGAGGACGGGGUUCUCUUUACUGCUGCGGCCAACUGUAUACGCCCAGUUUGUGGCUGGAGAAAACGAGAAGGAGAUCUCCCAGUCCAUGGGGAAGAUCAGCUUGCUAGGACUGAGGCCCAUGUUGGCUGUUCCUAUAGAAGAAGACCUCGGAGAAAGCACUGGAGAAAAGAGAUACGACGACAACAUGGAAGCCAUGCUGGAAUGUGUGCGAAUGUCCCACAGCAACGCUUGGAGCAAAGACCCCAUGAUGCAGCUGAAGAUCACGGCUCUGCUCAGCCCCGAGCUGUGUGUCAAACUAGCAACCCUGCUUGCACGUCAACCAUUCGAUCUGAGCCUCCUUGUCCGAGCAUUGGAUGGAAAAAUGAUAACAUUUCCUGGAUUAGAGGAAAAGGAGGCGGGUCAUUUCCUGUGUGGUCUGCGGAGACUGAACAAAAUAGCAGAGGCGAGUGUGAACAAAGUCAGAGUGCUGGUUGAUGCAGAGUACACCUACAUGAACCCAGCUCUCACUCUCAUCACCAUGGCACUGAUGAAGAAGUUUAACAAAGAUGGUGCUUGGAUCUGGAACACCUAUCAGUGUUAUCUAAAGGAGUCCAGGUCUCUGCUGUUAGAGGCUCUGCAUCUGUCACAGACUGAGGGCUUCUGUCUGGGGGUCAAACUGGUACGAGGAGCCUACAUGGACAAGGAACGAAAGCUGGCUGAGAAGGAGGGCCGGGUAGACCCCAUACAUCCCAGCUGGGAGGAGACCAAUAAGAGUUACAAUGGCUGCCUGGAUGUGAUGCUGGAAGCUAUAUCACAGAAACCUGACCGCUACAGGAUCAUCGUGGCCACUCACAAUGAGGAGUCUGUGAGACGAGCUGCUGAAAGGAUGGAGGAGCUGGGGAUAGACAAAGAUGGAGGCUCGGUGUGUUUCGGCCAGCUGCUGGGAAUGUGUGAUCAUGUCUCCCUCACACUGGCUAAGGAAGGCUAUCCUGUUUAUAAGUCGGUGCCGUAUGGCUCAGUGGAUGACACUCUGCCCUACCUGGUGCGCCGGGCCCAGGAGAACCGCACCGUGUUACAGGGCAUUCGCAAAGAAAGAGACCUGCUGAGGCAGGAGCUCAGAUACCGGAUGAGGCUGAGGGGGCGCCAAUAAAACAAAUUGAUAAACGCAGAGACUAAAGACAUGGAGGACCAGGAGAAAGCUGGUAUGAAUGCUGCUUAGACUUGGUAACAAUCUGGACCCAAAGACAUGCAAGCAGUAGUUUUACCAAUGGUGUAAGGACUAUAGGAGCAGGCUGCAUGGGCUUAACUUAAAGGACUAAGAUAAAAGACAGAUGAUCGAAAGCUGAGGCAGAACUUGAUCCUGCAACAAAUCCUGGCCUAAUCAAAGCCCAGAUCUGGAUCUUGUUGAGAUUCUGUAGAAACAAGUUGAAAUGGGACUAAAUCCCCCCAGCUGAAAGUGAAAAGUGGGUCCUUUCUGUGAAUUAUGGAUUCAAGAAGCGUCUCACAGAGAAAUUUCUCUGCCGAAUGCUUAGACAUGAUGGGCUCAAUAUAAAGCAUUUAAAUCUUUAGAUAUGCUGGAAGCUAAUUGUCUAGCUACUACAUGACUAAAAAUUGGAAGUAAAUCAUAAUUUUUUGCAUUAGAAAAAUUAACUUGAGGUGGAAACUACGACUUUAGUCCCAGAUGGUCGUAUUGUUUUGCAUCCAUGUGUGAGUUUAAGGUUUAUUACUCUCGUUUUUUUUUUUUUUUUACAAUUUGCUUAAUUAUA